UCGUUUUUCUGAAGAGGCCAAUAAGGCCACCUCUUCAGAAAAACGAAGCUCCUCGAAAAGUCAAAGAGUGCCAAUUCGAACGCGCCCUAACUUGGCCUAAGAGAAUGGCCAAUCAUGCCAUUACAUUUUGACGAUUUCUGCUGAUAUGAAUGAUGGAGUCUUGAGAAGUCGACUAGUAGUAGUGAAGAGCAGUGGAAGAAGUCCAGCAGCAAUGUCUCGUAGCCUUGUGUGUGUUCGUCGCCAGGCACUUGGCCUGUAUCGAUCCCUCCUCCGCACAGCGCAGCAUUGGGAGGCGAACGAUGUGGAGGACACCGUCAAGGAGCGAAACUACAUCAGACAUGAAGCUAAAGAGUUGUUUGCAGAAAACAAGCAUGAGACGGACCCAGAGCGGGUACAAGCGCUACUGGAGGAGGGGAAGUCCCGGAUUCAAAUCGCUCAGCACUACAACAACCCAUACCCGAGACCGAUGAACCUAUCACAGAGGGUGGUCAUGAACUCACGUAACAAGGCGGCACAGAAGCGUCUCCACCGCCAGUCCAAGCCAAUCUAUCUCUACUCAUCGGAAGUCUGACGGUUUAAAGUGGCUCUGUUGUACACGCCGGUUACUGGUGAUGUCGCUACGGUCUCGAUGAGUCAGCGCCGUUCCAAUAUGCACGGCACCUUUUCUAGACUUAAACUGGGCCCGUUAUGCGGGCUGGGCCGCGUGUGCUGGCCUUUCGGCUUGUUACUGUGUGCGUGUGUUCAGUGCAGAACAGAGAGCUAGCACUGUGCAAUAGUGCAACAGUGUUUUACCGCGUGUGCAUGGUCCACGCAUCUCUCCAAACUACCGGACCAGCUACGGGCUGCUGAGCCACUGUGCGAUAUUGCGACAGUGUUUUUAGGCGUGCACCUGUGGACGCGUAUCUCUCCAACUAUAGUACUGCCUACUGGACCAGCUACGGACCUUGGACUGCUUAUAGUGAUCAUCAUGUGUAUGUGCCUGGUAGGCUGAAGCCUUGCUUGCUCAGCAUCAUUGCUAAUGCUUCUUUAAACAGGUGUUACCUCUGCUGCUGCUGCUGUUGCUGCUGCCCCUGCUGCUGCUGCUGCAGCCACUGUUGCUGCUGCUGCUGUUGCUGCUGCUGCCCCUGCUGCUGCUGCUGCAGCCACUGUUGCUGCUGCUGCUGUUGCUGCUGCUGCAGCCACUGUUGCCGCUGCUGCUGCUGCUGCUGCUGCUACUGCUGCAGAGCAACUGAGUAGGUGACUGGUUCUGUCGGAGUUGAGUUCUAUAUUCUUCUACACGUUCUGAUUUGCCCGGAGAGUUCAUUUAUAUCGAGAUAUCUGCAAUGAGAUUCGUUCAACACUGCUGUCUAUCCAUGCACGCACUGUGCACGGCAAUUAUGUGUGUACAAACUGAUUACAGUAAUACAGUUAUUUCUACGUAUUCUCUUACAACAACAUACGAUACCACGGCAACUGGCGUCGACAGCUGGCAAAGCAAUGAAAGAUCUAUGCAGUGUGGCUGUUGAUUGUUCUUGUCUGAACAUUGUGGACUAAUAAAGUCAUGCUGUGUGGCGUGCCACAUUUUGUA